AUGAGCGAGUCCAUCACUUUCAGCGAGGGCGACCUCAAGACGCCACCAGAGCUUCGGCUUUUGCACUACAAUGAUGUGUAUCACGUGGAGGCUGGUUCUGCUGAGCCUGUUGGUGGCAUAGCGCGCUUUCAGACAGUUUGCAAGCAGUAUCGGGACGAUGCCGCCUUCUCUGGACAGCCUGGAUUGUUGACGUUAUUCUCUGGAGAUGCGUUCAACCCUAGCUUGGAAAGCUCUGUCACGAAAGGAUCACAUAUGGUUCCCGUUCUGAACAAGCUUAGCACGGACGUCGCAUGCGUUGGGAACCAUGACCUCGAUUUUGGAACACUUAUCUUGAACGCAUCGAACGGCAUCAAAGUAGGAGUCAUCGGACUCGUCGAGCGGGAAUGGCUGGCCACGAUUAACGCUUUACCACCAAACCUCAUCUACAAGUCCGCCUCUGCAACAGCAAUAGAGCUAGUACCUCAAUUACGGAAGCAAGGUGCGGAGAUCAUCAUCGCCGUCACCCACCAACGAGAACCCAACGACAACAAGCUCGCCGAAAAGACCCCAGCCGGCCUCAUAGACCUGAUCCUGGGAGGUCACGACCACUUCUACGCACACAAAACCCUAAACGGUACCCACGUCCUCCGCUCGGGCACAGACUUCCGCCAACUCAGCUACAUCGAAGCCCGAAAGAAAGGCGACGGCUCUUCGAAAUGGCACUUCCACAUCGUUCGCCGCGACAUCACUAAAGACGUAGAUCCCGACCCCGAGAUGACCGAAUUAUCGAACAAGCUCUCCUCCGCCCUCGCUACCAAACUCGACAAACCCCUCGGCUACACCGCCGCACCCCUCGAUGCACGAUUCACGACCGUUCGACUCAAAGAGUCCAACUACGGCAACUUUGUCUGCGACCUCAUGCGCCACCACUACGGUGGCGACUGCACACUCAUGGCCGCCGGCACCAUCCGCGGCGACCAGAUAUACCCGCCCGGCGUCCUCCGCGUUAAAGACAUCAUGACCUGCUUCCCUUUCGAAGACCCUUGCAUCGUCAUCAAGUACCCGGCGCUCGAAGGGCGAUUCCCGCAGGUCUCGAACAUCGCUUUCGAAUUCGAUCCGAACAAACCCUCUGGGAAGCGUAUUUUGUGGGCUAACGUCGGCGACGCACCCAUCGACCACCAUCAAAAGUACACUCUCGUCACACGCGGCUACAUGGGCCGCGGCAAAGACGGCUUCGGCAGCCUCCUCGUGCAGUCCGAAGGUGGCGAAGCCGAAGAAAUCGUGCACGAAGAGAACGGUAUCCUCAUCAGCAUGCUGAUGCGCCAGUACUUCAUGUCCCUGAAGAUCUUGGGCCAGUGGAAACACUGGUCGAAGAGCUUGAAUCGGCAUUGGAAUGGCGUGCACAAGGAUCUGCAUGAGAGCCAUCCGGUGCUAGAGCCGAAAGAGGGUGGAAGGACGGAACGGAUAAAGGCAUUUCCUUUGGCGCAGCGGCGGAAGAAGGUACCGUCCAGGUCACACAAACGCACACACAGCGAAGCCAACAACGCUGAACGCACAGCGAAUGUGGAGCACACGCUAGACGACAGCGAAAGCGAAGACUCGGAAGUCGACCACCCAGAAGCGCUGAGCGAGGACAUCAAGCUCAAUGAAUAUGAGCUGAAGCUGGUACGAAAGGUCGUGCGGAAGUGGUGGCGCCUAGCCGGCCUUGACCCUACACGACACCCAGCGUGUGUUGAUUCGAAGGGUGAGGAGGAGCUGAAGGUCGACUGGACAAAAGCAAUCGCACCGCGGCUGGAAGGACGUAUCAAGAUCGUGGGACAGGAGGCUGUUGUGAAAAGCUGA